AUGUCAGAACCUGCACUGCCCUGGGCUAAUCCAGUGCCGUUGGAUGUUGAGCCAGUGAAGGCCGACACGAGAACGCAACAGCAACAGCCUGCUGAAAAUGAAGAACACAAAACGGAUUCUUUUAUGCUCGAGCACGCUGGACUGUCAUUCGGUAGCCGGGUCGAGUGGUGGGGCGCUACUCUGGUGGGCCUAAGUGACAAGCAGGUCACAGAGCGUCCCGGCGCGCCUGUGUACGAGAUAUUGUACGAUGCUCAUGGCGAUUUUGAGCAGGAGCGCGGCCACGUGGUCUUCACCGCAGCACACACGCUACACCAGCUGGACCAAACGGAGGAUCUGACGUGGCGCCGCGAAGGUGACACCUGGGACGACGACGACGAUGACGACGACGACGACGAUGAUGAUGAUGAUGAUGGGGAGAACGAUGGCGAGGAGGGGGCAGACGGCGAGGCUCUCCUCACGAUGGAUGACCUACGUCGCAUUGGCGACCGGCAGCUGGGCGGCCGCAGCUUGGAGGAGAUCGAGCAGGAGGCCCUGCAGUCCAUGGAACCCAGCAAGCGCAUCGCGGUGGCGGCGGGCUUUAGAGACUUCGCAGACCACCUCAUCUCUUUUCUCCGUGAGCGCGUAUCAGCGGAUGGGAGCGGCGUGGUGACCAAGGAGGAUGUGGAGUCUUUCCGGGAUGCCAUGAUCAAGAAGCAGCGCACGCAUUGA